UGAAGCAAGAGGCUAUACAGAAACCAUAGACCAGGCUGGGGGAAAUGCAGCCCAAGAUUGAGGCCAGGAGCAGGUGGAUCCUGUUUUUGAAUCGCAACAGGAAUGCUCUGUCUGAGCAAAACCCAAAAGACAGGGAUCCCAGAUAUAGACAGAUGCACCAGUUUGAAAAGACACAGAUUCAGCUGGCUGUGAAGGAUGUGGUCAUCCCUGAUCUGUCAGACAUGAUGGGAAUCACUCCUCGAUCACAGUCUGCCAGGACCCCACAAUGCAGAAGGACACGGAGCACUCGGAGUCCCCAAAAAGUCUGCUCAGCUCGCGUCUCUGAUCCGAAGGGGAGCAGUGAAGAGAUGCUGGCGUCAGGAAGAGCCACAGGAGUCGGCAUGAGGCCAGUGAGCGCAACAGUGACAACCAGCAUGAUCCCCAGAGACACAGCAGACGCCCCCCUCACUGCACGAGGGGUUCGCUGCCGUCUGCAGGAGAGACCCCACAGUGCCAGGGUCCCGAGAGCAGUGGGGCCUCUUCACAAGAUGGCAGGAGGAGCUGCACCAGGAGAGGAGUCUUCCCUACAGCUUAAAGAUGGGCUCAAUGUCGACCAAGUCCAGGGGUUUCGCUGCCGUCUGCAGGAGAGACCCCACAGUGCCAGGGUCCCGAGAGCAGUGGGGCUUCUUCACAAGAUGGCAGGAGGAGCUGCACCAGGAGAGGAGUCUUCCCUACAGCUUAAAGAUGGGCUCAAUGUCGACCAAGCACAUGUGGGAAGAAUUGCAAGCCAGCCUCCAGAAACCAAUAUGGUUCAACACAAGGAAUCCAGAGACGCUGAUGGGGACUCCAGAGAGACACCUGCUGCAGGCAUACUGCACCUCUACUUGCCCUCUACAAAAUAUGAGGAGGAAGAUGACGAGGAGGAAGAAGGGAGGCAUCAGAUCAAGAGAACUGGACAACUGGAACCCCAGGAUGCCAGCGGGAUGACUCAUCCCCCUGUCCUCCGUUCGAGCAGAGACAGGAGCAGGGAAUUCAUGAAGCAGACGAAAGGCAGUGCCCCUAGCACGCGUGCCAGUCUGGAUCAAUCCAGAAAUUGCUCUCCGAUGGUUUACACCCGUAGGAGGAAGCCCAUGCCCAUUAAAAGAUAUCUCCCAGCUGCCACUGUGCUUUUGGAACCAUCUGACUCCACCACAAAAUGUCCCUUGGAAAAGGGAACAUUGUGGUGAAGCUCCACAGUUCGGGAAUAGGAUGAGCAGGUCCUACUCCACGCCAGGACAGCAGAGCUCUGCAGAAGGAGGAGCUAAGCCGAAUGAGAUGUCGUGCCACACAGGUGACAAGAGCAUGGCAUGCCCGCCUAAAAAUAAUGACUAUGAAAGAGACAUCCUUUCUCCUGGACUGUGGAACAUCAAAUCAAAGACUACCAAGACCUUCAGGCUAGGCCAAGAUGGAGCCCAAGAAACAAAGACAGUAUACUAUCUGCGAGCAAUCGAUCGUACACCCAGGACGGCAAGUUUUGCAGAAAAUACAUAUUCAUCAACCCGACACUAGCCCUCGCCCUCUCUUACUGUGUGAUUCCAAAUUGGUUUCUGAUGAUCAGCUGUCACGCUGUUACAAGACUUUGCAUGUAGGAUUUGCCGAAAGACAAGGUCAAGUUCAAAAACGGCAGUUUUCAUGCAAUUUUCUAUUUAUUCUGGCCUGAUAACGGGUUUCAGAGAAUGUUGGAGAAACUUGCUUGUUUCGCUGUGCUGUUUGGAAGCUGCGUCAGAAGAUUAUCCGUGUGAAUUUUCUAAGUGGUUUUGGUGCUUUUUUUAUACUCUCUGGGCUUCAUGUUUUUUGGGGAUGAAUUUCUUUAUGUUUUGCUGUAUUGAAGCAUUAAUGAAUUGAAGCAUUGAAUUGAUAGAAUUUAAAGCAUCACUAUCGCUUUCUCAGCCUUGUAAGAAGAAAUGCCCAUUUUUGUUGUUGUUAUCAUUGCUUUGCUUUCACUUGUUCUAUGAACAACCUUCUCAGCCUUAAAAGGAAAAAAAAAACCUUCCAAGUCUUCAGACCUGUUGUGAAAGAACCUCAGACACUAAACCUUGCUUAAGUGGGAGAGGGAGAGAGAAAACUGUGUUUUUGUUUAAUUCAUGUCAACUGCCAGAAAGUUGCAAACUUGGUUUUGAAUGAAAUCAUGUGAUAGUCAAAUUGAAACAUGAGCCCAAGCAAAGGAAAACCACUUCAAAUCAAAUAGCAAACUUCCUUCUGGUCUUGAUUUUCUUUUAAACAGGACCAAAUUCAGCAUGAGUAAGAAAAUGUGAAUGAAUUAUUUUACUAAAAUGUAUUUAGAUUAACUUUGGCCUGGAUGUGGAUUUUGCUACUUUGCGUUUUUGUUUGUCUUGGUUCUAGUUAAGUGACUGACAAGGCGAUAAAUUGUAUAUCUCCACAAAACACAUAUGACCAGACUUAUUUCAACUACAGAAAUUAUGUUUCAUACACAUAGGAUAGAUUUUUACAAUAUACUGCGUGUGUUAUUUGAAAACACACAGCAUUUGAAUUCUGUUCCUUCACUGUGUACAAAGACAAUUUUAGCAACACUUUUUUGUGCCACUAAAAAGGUAGAACUAAUUUCUUUUAAAAUAGUGUCCAAAAUUGUAUUGUCUUGCAGUGAUUCUCCUGCCUAAAUGUCAGACAGGAGGAAUGGCGAUGAAGUGGUCAGUAUUACAGACGUAUUGCGGUCUUUACAGUUUUUGUAUAUAUUUAUCAACAGAACAUCAAAUCAAUUAUAUGGGUAUCAUGAAAAAUAAAGAUAAUAUGAUUUGCAAAAAUUCCAAGAAUGUUAAUUCUGAAAGGCUAUUACAAGCACGUUAGAAAUUAAAUCAUGCACCUGUCACUUCAGAAGUGAAACACCCUUGCUGUUCCUAAAAAUGCAACACAGAAUAUGACCUUCUCUCUAGCGGUUGGGCAAUUAUUAAUUAAAGAAGGACAGCAAAAUCUCGGUAAAAUGUCAAAUCCAGUCCUGUGUCAAAGUGUCCAGGUGAGUAUGGAGUCAUAUGGUCCCAACGAAGCAAGUCAGUAAGCAGAAUUCUUCAGUUUAGUGAAAUUUGAUGACUGACGGAAAU